CACUGCUUCAUAAACUACAGGGCAAAAUUAUAUUAUAGAUAUUCAGGCUGCUCACGCGCGCAUCAUCAAUUUCACUCGCCACGAGACUUCAACAUCAGCCGCAGAUAUGAGGAUGGCGGAGACGGUUGAUAUCAAUGAUACUACCAUUCUUGGGCAAGAUGUAGUAUCGACGCGGCCGAGCGAAAAUGGUGGCGACAACUCUGGCGAGACCAUCGAAGAACGAUGCUUCUCAGCCGCUCUCAUCUGCUUGGAGGGCCAUUUCACACAGUCUCCUCCCAUGGGCCCUCAAACAACGGCCAGGGUGAAUUCGAUGAUCUCCAAGACGCUGGAAAAGACUCACACGCUUAGGAAAGCCAGAGAGGCCUUGGCACGGAAUGUAGCAAUCUGGAUAUGGCUGACAAGGAUCUUUGCUGCUGCCAUCCCAAGCUUGACAUCGCGAUCAGUGGGGCCAUUAUCAGCAUUGAACGAUCCUGAUAAGGGAGUCAGUCCUCAAGAAAGCACAGCCUUGAUCGUCCUCAACCAUGUCUCUGUGAAGGAAGACCUGGGCACCCUCAUCAAGUUGAUGCACAUUGCGCGCAACCUCCUUGUUAAUGCUGAGCCCGAGGUUCCUCAGGACAUCUGCGCCGCAGUGCAUUUUGACCAGAUGGUCUACCAGACAAUUAUCCUCUGUGUCAACGUAACGAGUAAAGGCUACGACGGAGAGAUAUUGGACGAAGCCCAGAGACUGAAGCUCACAGACAUUACUGAAUUAUAUAAGAAAUUGCUUGUGACUUCACUACAGCAAGUUCACAACUGGACUGCCAAGCAUGAUCGCAACAAAAUGUCGUUCUGGUUUGACGUCCUGUUUGACGAUGACGGCGCGUUAUCCGGGCCUGAAGAGAUUAUGACAGACGGCUCGGGAUUCCGCCCGGAUGCGGCUAAGCACCAAGUUCAGCACUGGCUGGAUCGGAAUUCGAAAAUGUGCGACACAGCGAGGAAGCUGCUUAGACAUUACGCCGAAAACCAUGCAGACAAACCUCCAGGAAACUUGGCCCCUAUACGACCACUGGCCUGGAACUGGCUUCCGGAUACACUUGACCCUACUUCCAUUAUUCUGGAUGAUGACUCUGAAAAGGUUAACCCUGUAUGGAAACCGGAUGAGCCGGACAAGUACCAACAGGACCGGUUGUACGCUCGUGUGUCCCGUGAAAUUGAUACCUGGUGGCUCCGAGCGCGGGAUCCGAAUUAUGAGGAUUGGGUAGUCGGCAUGCCAUCCGUGGAGUUUGCGCAGUCACGUACAGAGCAUUGCCGCAACAACUUGGUUCAUCGAUAUGCUCAUUCCUACCGGGCGGACCACUCGCCGCCUCCAGAGGGUGCCGAAGAGGACCUCUCUGACCAUGAGCACUGCCACGAGUGCCAUGAGUGCUAUCUCCGUCACCACCACCACCACGAGGAUGAUCAUGAAUGCCAUCACCACCACCAUGAUCACGAACACGACCAUGAACAUGAGCAUGAACACGAUCACGAACAUGUACACGACCACGACCAUGAGCAUGACCACGACCACGACCACGACCACGAUCACGACCACGACCACGACCACGACCACGACCACGAUCACGAUCACGAUCACGAUCACGACCAUCAUCACCACGAACAUGCUGCGUCUGGCAAUGAGAUUGAGGAAUGCGACCACCAUCACCAUCAUCAUCAUGAUAAUGAAGACGACCACCACCAUCAUCACUGCCACCAUCACCACCAUCAUCAUCACCAUGAUCACGACUAUCCCCACGAUUACAUGGACGACAUGAUGGACGAUGAAGAGGUCGAUGAUGACGAAUCGUAUGGAGAUGGUCCAUUGACUGGUCUUUUGACAGAGGUGCCCAACAUUCUCGAUCCAAAGCAGAUUGAGGCGUUGCACAUGAUCGUGAAAUCGUGUAUUCUCGAUCACGCAGGAUCCGGGUUGACACGUGCGGGAGAAAACUUGCAAAAGACUCGAUGCAGAAUGUUUCUUGCACUGGACUGUGGAAAGAGCCUACUACGUGAGCUGCUAGUAUUCAUUGCUGUGUGGGAUAAGGACGAGCAAAGCCUCAUUUUCCAAGUCACAACGCAGAUUGUCGAGGCUAUUCACCACAGUGCCCUGGUGCCCUAUGCGUGGAAUUCUCUAAGAAUCCCCAAGGACAUCAUCUCCCCUGCACAAACAGUUCUAUUGCGCCUUGUCAACCAUAUGCUUCGGGCCCGCGCCGCCAGUUCUACGACACAGGAUUCCAAGGACCAGACCAGAGAUCUCAAAUUAGUGCACUUCUUCUUUAGCUUUUUCCGGAGUCGCAUCGUACCUGAAUGCGCGGCUCUCAUGCACUUGCAAGCUCAGAUCCGCGAGGAGAAUCGUGAUCCGGCCGAGUUUCCCGUCGAUAGCUGGGACAUGGAACGAGCCAAAGACGGGCUGUCCCAGUACCUGGAAUUUCUCACGACUGUGGCCGAGAUGGUGGAUAUGAGGCCUCAUCUCAUCGAGUGGCAGGCUAUCUAUGAUCUCAUCACGAUCCUCAGCAGUCUUGAGGCUGCCGUGCCGAAGAAACCACUUGUCGAAGUGCCUAAACGCGCCCCAGCAGCAGAGAGCACAUCUAACGCCAGUAACAAUGCCAGCAACGACCCGAUGGUGGAACGGCCAUAUGCAACUGGAGAUGAAGGCGUAUCUCCAUCACCCCCUCCGCCCCCUCUGCAAGAGCCGGCUCACAAAUUCCCAUGGUCUGGCAUAAAGGGUCAGAUAUUCACCAUCAUUGCGACGCUCUUGCAGCCACCACCAGGGCAAAGCACUCCGGGUAAUGCCCAAGUGCAGAUGCAAAUGAUGAAGUACAACGGCAUUGUGCCCUUGCUCAACUGUUGCGCAUACGACGACCACAAUCCAUUUGCCAAGGAGCGAGUUACUAUCUGCUUGAAAUGGCUAUUGGACGGCUGUGAGGCUGCCAACAACUUCUUCCGCGAGCUAGUCAACUUGGCACCACAGCCGAAUCUAAGGCCACCGCCUGGAGGCACCACGGUGUCGACGAUUAAGCUGGAUGGAGUGCAGGGAGAGGUCAAGGUGCAAGUGCGGUCAAACACGGCGCCGCCAUUGGCAGACCGCGGUGCCAGCAGCACCGAUGAGCUACUUGAGAAGGCAGCCGAACUUAACCUGGGGCUGAAUCAGAGCAAGAGCGGUGGGCGAAGCAACAUUGAAGAAGACUUUAUGGCAUAGAUUACCGACAUUGACGAAGUGGGAUUAUUCAUGGAAGCAUUAUGGUGUUUUGUUUUGUUUUAACUCAUAGCGGUGGAUCAAAAAUAUCUCUUGUACAGUACUAGUAAGGACAAAUUGAAUAGAAAUUCCUUGCAUUGUAAAUAUAGCACGUG